UAAGGGUCCGAUAUUCGAUGGGUACGUCACUGUUUCGAGACGUUCGUGCUGGUUCGUGCAAUAGACACGACGAAGAGACGACAGACAGGUGAUGUGAAUGGGAUUUCCUGUGAGCUGUCAGUUGUCGCGUUAAAAAUGUACAGUAUAUGCAUAUUGUUUAUGCCGUGAGUUUCAUUUGCGCACGUGAUUAAUCGCGACGUCGAACGUCUGGCACAUACAUCCCACAGUACGUCAAAGACGCCGAGAAAGGAAAGGGUUAUGAGGCUCCCACGACAUCGCAGUAGUCGCGUUGUUAGACGAUAUUUUUGCAUUAUUUCCGAUAUUUCCAGCGACGUGGAUCACUAUGGCGGAGAAGUGCAAGGAAUGUGGUUGUAAGUGUGGCACUUGCAGCCAAGAUAAUCAGCAACACUGUGACAUGCAUUUGCAUGUGGAGAUAGAAAAUUUGCGCCAGCGUUUGCUUGAGAGAGAUAAUCAUAUUGUAACAAUGGAGACACAAUUUUUAAACGAGGCUGAUAAAUUUCCAAAUGGAGAACUGGCGUCCAUGAAAGAGGAAUUGUUAAUAUGGCAAGAAAAAUACUCACGUCUAUACGAAGCGCACAAGAGAGUUCAAAAGGUUAAUCAAAAUUUGGAAGAUAAAUUGCUGCGAAUUGUAGACAAAUGUGAGACAGAAAAAGGUGCCUUCACAAAGGACAUAGCGACUCUGUCUCAUAGAUUAGCAGAUGCAAAUUAUACAAUUCAUCAAUUAACUCAAGAUAAUGAAAAAUAUAGAAACGAUGUUAAUUUGGCUAUCCAAUUACUACAAUGUAAACCUUCCAAUUUUGUAGGUCAGAAAUACGAUUCGCUGCCUUCCGAAGUACAGGCUAAAGUGCGAACAUAUGUCGCGCAAAAACGAUGCUCCACGCAAGAUGUAACACAGCCGGAUGUGAAGAGUAUCACUGUACCGAUAUCCACAUUUCCGCCGACAGCUAUGGUGUAUAAUAUCACGAAGCCUGCAGUAGAAAAACACAGUGAUGACGAUAGUGAUGAAAUUAAACCACCGAUGGAUAUCGUAUCAGCAACUAUUAUGGCGAAGGUGCUGGAAGACCGCGAAAAGGAAAGAAUUUUUGCCAAACAUUGCGACACAUGCACGUGUCACAGGAGCAUCCUCAUGGUGGAUGCUGAGACGCAAACUUGCGUGCCUGAUAUGUUUCCGUUCUGCGACGAAUACACGCGCAGCGUCGAAAAGCAAGCAUCAGAAAGUACAACGAAUGGUGAGAAACAUCAAAACAAAGGUAAAAUUCAAUCGAACCUCGCGUCGCAUGCGGUCUUCCACGAAAUUAAUCAGAGUAAUGAUAAGAUCUGCCAUCACUCGAACGGCGAUUACGCUAUACUUAUUUCUCAAGCUCCGAAUAUUAAAGACAAGUUUAUCAGCAGGACCAUGCAAAAUUGUACGGCGGAGGAAAAUUAUGCCACUACAAAAAUAAAUUCAAAUAAAAAGACUUUGUCCCAGAACCACGAAAAUAAAUACUCGUUAUUUCCCAAAUUAAAUGAUCUCAAUAGAAUAAACAUUGACAAGGUGUCCAAACCACUUAGAAGCAACAAUAGGAAAUGCGAUUUCCCAAUCGAUACUAGAUCCAUCGCAAAGUGUUGGAAUAAGGACGAGGGAAACUCUGUUGAUCUUCUCCUCGAUACUGGACCGACAUGUGCCGACAAUCGCUUCUUCGAUAAAGAACAAACGCAUAUCGACAUCAUUAAUGACAGGUUGUGGAAGAACGAAUGGGUAAAAUUGAAGAAUUCUGAAGUAAAUGCUUUGAUGGAGAAUAAAUGCAAGGCAAACUGCGGUAUCGAGCUUGAUAUUAUUAAUGAUCGCGAUUGGAAGAAUGAUAGGUCAGCGGAGGCGCGAAAUACACUAGCACAAUUUACUUUGAUCGAAGUUAAAAGCCCGGAUAAUAGCGCGGCGAAUCAGAAUGAUGGCAGUCAGAUGGAAAUAGCGACUAGCCCGAGCUUCAGUAGUGACAGUAUGGUAAUUUCCAGUUCCGAUCCGUCUAGUAGCUGCAGCGAUGUUGCACAAUCGUUAACUGGUGGCGCCUUUAACUCAACCACCAAGACCAACUCAAAUCGCAUAAUAGGCCCGCGGAAUUGUCUAGUGCGCGUCACGCCCGGUUCUAAAAACAUUUUACUGGAUAAUGCCGGUCAUUUCAAGACUGUAUUAUACAGCAAUGGCAGCGGCAAGGCGAGUACUGCCUUAGUACAUGCAAAAAAGGCAUCUCGAGCCGGUUCCGAGCACUCAAUGUCUACUAAUAGCGAGGACAAUUCACCACCAGUGCUACUGCAGGACAAUCAGUUGCAACGAGUAGCCGAGUGGGUCCAGUCGUCCAUUGACGUCAGUCGUCAAUCCACAUGCAUGGAAAAUGCUGCAUCAUACGAUAGCAAUAAAAUUAAGUGCGAAGAGAAUACUGCGAGCAAUGUCUAUUCGAACAAUUCCCUGAAGAAGUGCAAGUCUUCAAAGCAGGACGAAACCUUAGUUUGCAAGCUUCGAGACGCAUCGAAAAAGCCUUUGAUAAAUAUCGAAGAUUGUAACAAGAAGGUUAUAGAAAACAAAUCUAAUAAUAUUAAUAUCUUAUCAAAGCAUAUAGAACAAGACAAAAGCGAAAAUCUUAUAAGUUUUGAUGUACUGGAUGAGCGACCAUCGAAGGAAUGUCACAAAAAGAAUUUAGAUUAUGAGGUGAAAAUCACGAAGGAGAUGGAAGAAACAUAUUUGAAACUGGCCGCGAGCUUGGAUCCGGUAGCAUUGAGCCUGUCAAAUACUAGUGAUGCCGAAUUGACGAUUGAAAAAUAUAGAAAGGAUUAUAAGAGGCUUCACGUGCAAAGAUUUCAAGAUAAGACAGGUUCAAAAGCUUAAUCUCAGCGAAUUAUUCAUUCAAAGACAAAAUUAACUAUAUCAAGCAGGGAGUUCCUUUAAAGAUAUAACAGAGCGUUAUUUUUUGUAACUAUAUUAAAGUAAGGCUGUACCAAAAGAGACGAGUUGCUUAAGAGAAAAAAAUUCCACACUGCAGAUAAAUCAAUUUUAUUUGCAUUCGUGAGCGAAAUAAGUUGAGGUUUUAAGCUUGAAAUCUAUGCAAAAUAUAAAUUUAAGAGAUAAAGUUUAAAGGCAAAAUUAAACUCAUCACGGUAAUCUAAUAUUAUGAUCUAUAAAUUACAUAAUUAAUAAUUGAAGGAUUGAAUAAUUAAAUAAUUGAUUUGAGGCAAUGACAUGUAUACGCGCUGAAUAAAAACUGUCAUUAUUUUUAGAUAUGAUUGUGAUUAUGAGAUUCUUAUUAAUAAUUUGAAAUAUUAUCUUCAUACAAUAUUCUUUUUCCGCAGCUAUUACAGAUAGAUACAAAAUAAGUUUGAAAAAUGAGAAUAUGUUGAAUCUCAAUAUUAUUUUAUGAAUCAC